AUGAGUUCCAAAUCGAAUCUUUUGAGGACGGUUUUUGAAGCCUCGAUUCCCAUUUUUUAUCGUCUGAUUCUACGAGGCAAGUUGUCCGAAGGAGUUUUUAAGGAACCAUGGCGACUGCGGAUGCUUGAUUUUGAUUUCCUAUGUGGGAGAGAAACACCUUCUGUCGCUGGAAUUAUAAAUCCUGGCUCGGAGGGAUUCCAGAAACUCUUUUUCGGUCAGGAGGAAAUUGCCAUACCUGUUCAUUCCACCAUUGAAGCCGCCUGUGCUGCACAUCCCACCGCUGAUGUUUUCAUUAACUUUGCAUCUUUUAGGAGUGCUGCUGCUUCAUCCAUGGCUGCGCUUAAGCAGCCAACCAUUAGAGUUGCAGCCAUAAUAGCUGAAGGUGUCCCUGAGGCGGACGCUAAGCAAUUAAUUGGUUAUGCAAGGGCAAACAAUAAGGUUGUGAUCGGCCCAGCUACUGUUGGAGGUAUUCAAGCUGGAGCUUUUAAGAUUGGCGACACUGCCGGGACUAUCGAUAAUAUUAUUCACUGCAAGUUGUACAGACCUGGAUCUGUUGGCUUUGUCUCCAAAUCAGGUGGCAUGUCUAACGAACUAUAUAACACAAUUGCCCGUGUCACAAAUGGAAUCUAUGAAGGUAUUGCUAUUGGAGGAGACGUGUUCCCAGGGUCCACGCUUUCUGACCAUGUCCUGCGGUUUAACAAUAUCCCUCAGGUUAAAAUGGUGGUAGUUCUUGGGGAACUUGGUGGACGUGAUGAAUAUUCACUAGUUGAAGCCCUUAAACAGGGGAAAAUCAACAAGCCCGUGGUUGCCUGGGUUAGUGGAACUUGUGCUAGGCUCUUCAAGUCAGAAGUACAGUUUGGUCAUGCGGGAGCAAAGAGUGGUGGUGAGAUGGAGUCUGCACAGGCCAAAAAUCAAGCACUCAGAGAUGUUGGUGCUGUUGUUCCCACUUCAUAUGAAGCAUUCGAAAGUGCAAUCAAAGAAACAUUUGAGAAGUUGGUGGAAGAGGGCAAAAUCACACCUGUGAAAGAAGUGACACCACCUCAAAUUCCUGAGGAUCUUAACACAGCAAUUAAGAGUGGAAAAGUUCGGGCCCCAACACAUAUAAUUUCUACUAUCUCUGAUGAUAGGGGUGAAGAGCCAACCUAUGCUGGCGUCCCCAUGUCUUCCAUUGUCGAACAGGGAUUAGGUGUGGGUGAUGUUAUUUCCUUAUUGUGGUUCAAAAGAAGUCUUCCUCGCUACUGUACACGAUUCAUUGAAAUCUGCAUCAUGUUGUGUGCUGACCAUGGUCCUUGUGUCUCUGGUGCUCACAACACCAUCGUAACUGCUAGGGCUGGAAAAGACCUGGUGUCUAGUCUUGUUUCAGGUUUGUUGACAAUUGGUCCGCGAUUUGGUGGGGCUGUUGAUGAUGCUGCUCGAUACUUCAAGGAUGCUUAUGACAGGGGUCUUACGCCUUAUGAAUUCGUGGAAAGCAUGAAAAAAAAGGGUAUUCGCGUACCUGGUAUUGGGCACAGAAUCAAGAGGGGUGACAACAGAGACAAGAGAGUUGAAUUGCUACAACAUUUUGCACGUACAAAUUUUCCCUCCGUGAAGUACAUGGAAUACGCAGUUGAAGUUGAGACAUACACACUCUCAAAAGCAAACAACCUAGUCCUUAAUGUCGAUGGUGCCAUUGGAUCCCUAUUCUUGGAUCUCCUCGCUGGCAGUGGAAUGUUCACCAAGCAAGAAAUAGACGAGGUUGUUGGGAUUGGCUACCUUAAUGGACUUUUUGUGCUGGCCCGUUCCAUUGGUCUCAUUGGGCAUACAUUUGACCAGAAGAGAUUGAAGCAGCCACUAUACCGUCAUCCAUGGGAAGAUGUACUCUACACCAAGUGA